AAAAAAUGAAAAAUACAAAUAACCAUAAUAAUCCAAAGCCCAGGAGUUCCAACCCUUCUUCUUCACAAACUCUGUUCUUUUGGGGAAGAUUUUUGUAGCUCAAAGCCUCUGAUUCCCAGAGAAUAGAACUGAAAACAAGAGUCCAGAAUUAAUAUUGAACAGCAAACAGAAGAAGCAGAUCGGCGCAAGAAAAGCAAAGGAAGAUGGGUUUUUUGGAACUGCUGGUGGUGGCAUCUAUGCCAGUUGUUCAAGUCCUACUUAUCAGUGCGUUGGGAGCUUUAAUGGCAACUCAGUAUUUCGAUAAUCUUCUUUCAUCAGACUUUCGGAAAUCCUUGAAUAAGGUUGUCUUCCUCGUAUUCACUCCUUCACUUGUGUUUGCCAGUUUUGCCAAGAGUGUUUCACUUGAAGAUAUGAUAUCAUGGUGGUUUAUGCCCGUUAACGUUGGACUUACAUUCUUAAUUGGAGGGAUUCUCGGAUGGAUACUUGUUAAACUACUAAAGCCUAACUUGAAAGUGGAAGGUCUUAUUAUUGCUGCAUGUUCAUCAGGAAAUAUGGGUAAUCUUCCUCUUGUAAUUAUACCUGCAAUAUGUGAUGAGAAAGGAGGCCCAUUUGGUGCGCGUGAUGUUUGCCACAAUAAUGCCUUCUCUUAUGCAUCUUUCUCUAUGGCGCUUGGUGGCAUCUUCAUCUGGACCUAUACUUAUCAGAUCAUGCGAAGCAGUUCUAUGAGAUUUAAGGCACUUGAGGCUAACAAAGAUCUUGAUCCAACUGCAGAAACUCUCCUUCCCAAGGAAAAGGAAAACGAAAACACAGUGUCAGAAUUGCCGCCAUCGAAUUAUAUUGGAGACACUGAAUACCAAAUUAUUGUGGACCAAGAUCAGUCCAGUGUAUCCAAAAAGGGGAAAGAAUCGUAUUGGCAUAGAAUGGUAGAAGUUCUGAGCGAGCUUCUGACAGAACUAAUGUCACCCCCAGCACUUGCUUCAUUUUUUGGUUUCCUAUUUGGUGCGGUUGCAUGGCUAAGGAACCUAAUAAUUGGAGACAAUGCUCCUCUGAGAGUAAUCCAAGACUCGCUUCAAUUACUUGGGAAUGGGACAAUUCCUUGCAUCACCCUUUUGCUUGGUGGUAAUCUCACUCAAGGCUUGAAAUCAUCAACUGUCAAACCAUUGACCCUCAUCUGCAUCAUCAUAGCUCGACUUUUCUUACUACCUGUUAUUGGAUUGUUUAUUGUAAAAGCAGCAGCAAAUUUGGGCUUACUCCCCGUGGAUCCUUUGUUUCAGUACGUGCUGGUGAUGCAGUAUGCCAUGCCACCAGCAAUGAAUAUUAGUACCAUGGCUCAGCUUUUUGAUGUAGGAAAUGAAGAGUGUUCAGUUAUCCUUUUGUGGACAUAUGGUGCUGCAGCUAUAGCACUCACUGCUUGGUCAACAUUCCUCUUGUGGGUAUUGUCUUAAGAUUUUAGAGAGAAAAGGCAUUGCUUGCUCUCAUAUCAACCCAUGCCAGAAAAUAAAGAAGUUAGGAGACUGACAUGAUUGGCUUUCAUGUCUCAACAAAAGUCAUAUUAGGUGUUAAAAGUUAAUUGAUGUUUUUAUGAAGUCCUCCCUGAAAAAAAGAAAAAA